AUGGCCGCCGCUCAGGCUGAGAGCUCGCGGCAUACCCGCAUGCUCAGCUUCCACAGCAACAAGUCGGAAAAGAGCCAGGGCUCAAAGACCAAAGAGCAACUGGUCGAAACACACCGGGAAAAAGAAGCCAAUCGAAUGCACUCACAUGCGGAUCCGACUCGCGCGAUAAACGAACUCCAGCCAUCGGCGAUUGCGUUGGAGAAGUCGAAUUUGGAGUCGUUACGCUCGUUACAGCAUAAAGAUCGCUAUGGAAACGUUAUCACGGACCCGGACCUGUCUAAUCCGACGCGUCAUCGUCUCGAGCGCCCUCUGGAUACCAUCCGUGCCUUCGAGGCUGCAAUAGACGGAACAUAUGGCCGACGAAUGUCAUAUAUUAGAGAAGAUAGUGUCAAUGGCCAGAGCCGUCCCACCAGUUUCUUUGGAGACCCUCGAGGCAAUCUCACCUAUCCCUCUCAUGGCUACAAUGACCAGAACAGCUAUUACAACCAACGACAAUCAAGACAAGAGAGCUACGCCGACGGAUACGGCAACUAUGGCUACAAUCAGUAUGACCAGCAGCAACGUGGUCAACGCCAGAACCCACGGCAACAGAACGGCAAUGGCUACGCGCAAAACGGUCAAUACCAGUCCUAUGACAGCCCCUCCGGCUCGGGGAACCAAUCUAUGGACCAGUUAGCGCAGUCAACAGACCCUAGCUCCCUCAGCAGCUCCAGAGACGCCAUCCCACAGCAGCAGCAGAGAGGCGAUGCAUACGGCUUCAACGGAUUCGGCGCAAAUCCCCAGUUAGAUUACAACCAGCAACCGUUCCAGUCUUCAAGUAACGGAUCCUCGUCAUAUGCUGUCAAUGGAGUUCGGUCAAAUGGCGUCUACCCUGGUCAGAGUGGUGCCCCUACCGCUCCGCCUGCAGCCGCUACGAAGCCUCUUCCGUCAGACCCUUCACGGAAAAAUUCAUUCCUGAAGGGUUCAGGCGACAAGCGAAAGAGUUGGUUCAAGAGGUUUAGUCGGGGCUAA